CAUAUGAUCGUAAACAUUUCAUAACACGCGCAUAAUAGCGCUAUAUGGAGAGUUUUUUGUGCGUGCAGAGUGCUGUGUUUGCAGACGAUUUAUAUUUAAACUACGUUCAACUCUCCCACGUGGUGGAGGGCAAACUUUGACGAACCAGAGAAGAGCACAGGAACACACAAUACCGAAGCAUCAUUCCAGUUUACAAAACAGUGCGGUCGGGCACGGACCGCGGGUAUUUUACCAAACGCGGAGGUUCGGCCUCCGCAAAAACGGAUUUGUGAGAUUUGUUGUGUAUGUGUGCGUAGAGUGGUGCGUUGUAAACAAAUACAAGAUAAGGUUUUCUUGAACGCUUGAACGGAUUUACAUUACAAUAACAGACGUUGGACCAAGGUGUGCUAGUUAAUAUAAAAUAACAUUGUGAAACAUAAAUUGGACGCAUUAAUGGAUAUUUAUUUACAAUCUGCUAGAAGGUUCUAAAUGAAAGAUUGAUGAAAAACUGACGCCGGAUUUUCAUUAUUUCAUCAGGACGACUAGUUGACACGUGCUUCAAGAUGAAGUUUCUUCCUACUGGUGAGUUGUUUGCACUUCUACACGGUCUAUUCGCUCCAGCUUAUCUUAAGCCAAUCAGAGUACUUCUGAUGCUCAUGGCGGCAGCGCCUUCCAUAUCCGGCCAGCAGCAGUACUUCAGGGUCUCGCCAAGAGACGUCAAAGUUCUCGAAGGGGGCGAGGCGAUGCUCGAGUGCGAAGUUGCCAACUUGGCAGGACAAGUUCAAUGGACCAAGGAUGGAUUUGCGCUAGGCUUCAAGACUGAGAUACCCGGCUUUCCCAGGUAUUCGGUGAUAGGCGACCGACGACACGGCGUGUACAAUCUCAGGAUCAGCAACGCGUCUCUGGAGGACGACGCUGAGUAUCAGUGCCAAGUAGGACCCCAUAGAUUUCAUAAGGCAAUCAGGGCCAACGCAAAACUCGCCGUAAUAUCACCGCCCUCGUUGGUGGAAAUACUAGACCAUGCGCCGAACUCGAAGCUGGAGAUCAAAGAAAAUCAGGAAUUCCAUUUGGAAUGCCGCGCUCGCAACGCCAAGCCCGCUGCCAAAAUAGUCUGGUACCGGGAGAAGGCCGAGCUGAAUAUUCCCAAUCGCGAGGAUCAGACCAUCGAAGAGUCGAGCAAUGGUAAUCACCGGAAAAUUACGCGCUACGACACACACUCGCGCAUUUCGAUAAAGCCCACCUCCGAGGACGAUCUUGCUAAGUACACCUGCGAGGCAAAGCACGAGGCCCUUUCAUCCGAUAUGCGAACUUCGGUGGAGCUCAGUGUAUUAUAUCCGCCGGGACUUCCGUACAUCGAAGGCUACACGGAUGGCGAAACGUUUCGUCGGGGACAGAACGUUGAAUUAAUAUGUAGAAGCCGGGGCGGAAAUCCACCUGCCCAAUUAAUUUGGUAUAAGAAUGGAGAGCAGAUAAGGAUGGCCUAUCGAACAUCUGGCAGGAUCUCCGAGAACGUCUACACUUUCACGGCAGAUGCCAGCGAUAAUAAAGCACGGUACAAAUGCGAGGCCAGUAAUGUCAUGUCCAAGACGUCAUUGAAAGCCGAAAUCGACAUGACCGUUUUAUUUUCGCCGGCACAUGUUACAAUCUCUGGUCCAACAGAAGCACGUGUCGGUGCCGUCCCACUGACUUGCACCACUGCCAACAGCAAUCCACCUGCCGAUAUCAAGUGGAUGGUUGCCGGGCGUCAAGUAAAGAAUGCAACAUCCCGCACUGUGGUCUCGCCUGCCGGUGGCUGGAUAACGACUUCAAAUAUCACAGCUGUCGUCGAGCACCGGCGCGGUUUGGUGGUCGUUUGUCACGGUCUUAACAUGCAAUUAACUGAGAAUGUCGUGUCUACGCACACCAUUAAUGUUUUAUAUCCACCGAGUCAACCGUUCAUUCAUGGCUAUACGCAGGGCCAACCGAUCGCCGCCGGUACUGUACAAAAAAUUUCCUGCACAUCAUCUGGUGGCAAUCCACUGCCCACAAUGACCUGGUAUAAGAACGACAAGAAAAUCCAUUCGACACUAAAAACCCUUGACAAAUCUGUAUCGGCCGAGAUAACGAUUCUCACCAACGUCACCGACAACGAGGCGCGGUACCGCUGCGAGGCGGCGAACUCUGCCACUGAGAUCCCAUUAUUUGAGACCGUCACUAUGAGUGUCCAUUUUGCUCCCGAAACUGUCAAAAUUAGAAAAGACCCAGUUGAGCUGAAACCCAACGAAGAAGCGACACUUACAUGCGAUUCCAGUUCAAGUAAUCCUCCGGCAAAAUUAUCUUGGUGGCGAGAAGGCAUCCCUGUGCUGGGAUUGAAUAAUGUUACGAAAGCUGGGCUACACGGUGGAAAGGUAUCUAGUUUGGAGCUGAAACUAAAUAUCACAGAGCAAAUGAAUGGCAUCAUUUACACUUGCCAAGCUAAGAACGAAGCCCUUCAACGUUCCGUGCACGAUGCCAUCACGCUCCAAGUUUUAUAUAAGCCAGUUUUUGAUAAAGAGAACGAGAAAGCUGUAACUGGAGUCGAGUAUGAGCCGCUGAUAAUUUCCCUGAAGGCCGAAGGAAAUCCGCAAAACAUUCAGUACACUUGGACGAAAGACGGGUUACCCAUUAUUCAAUCAUCUAGCAGCACCGGUAUGGAACGCAUAAUAUCGGAGGGAGGUGUGCUCAAUAUCACCAAGCUUAGUCGCAACGACGGCGGGAUUUAUUCAUGCGAAGCCAUUAAUUCUCAAGGCAGUACAAUGACCAGCAUCAAUGUGACUGUGCAAUUUGCCGCUUCCAUCACCGGGACAAGUGAGAACGUCAUUGUGAGUCCCAAAGAAGACGCCACAAUUUCAUGCACUGCCACCGGCAACCCCAUGAGCGACGAGUUCAUCACGUGGAAGCGCGAUGACUUUCCCGACUUUAUGGCCAGGACGUCGACUAUGUAUGACAAAAAUGGCACAUCAUUUUUACGAAUUAGCGCAGUCAGCAGAGAGGAUCUCGGCAAGUUUAAGUGCAUAGUCAACAACGGCAUAGGGAAUACGACAACCAAGGACGUUAUGCUCAUCGUAAAACAUAAGCCCGAAAUGGAUAAAUCCCCGAUCCUAAUGAAGUUUGCCAGCGAUGCUGGCGAAUCUGCCAAAAUCACCUGCCGCGCUUCGGCCUCGCCUUUGGCGAAAUUCACGUGGGCACGUGCCGGGUCCCCAAUCAAUGCCAACACCACCGGCAAAUAUUUCACCACCUACAGGCAAAUCGAUGCGCUUGUAUCGGAAUCCACGUUGAUUAUAACGCACGUUUCAUCCUCUGAUUAUGGUAACUAUGAAUGCGUGGCUAGGAAUGACUUGGGCUUUGCGACAAACUCACCCCGUCUGGAAGUGACAUCAGCGCCUGAUACCCCAACCUUGCUGGAAGUUGCCAACGUAACGCAUGAGAGUGUAACCCUGCAAUGGACUCCAGGGUUUGAUGGCGGCAUGAAAGCAAGUUACCGUAUCAGGUAUCGCGAGAUCAAUGAUGUCGGCUACAAAUAUGAAGACGUAUUACCUCACAACGUCAGUCAAUACACUGUCAAGGGAUUAGAACUCAGUACUGGAUACGUCUUUUCUAUCAUGGCUAUGAACAAACUCGGCAAUAGCAAAUACAUGCCUGAUAUCGUCAGUGCAAAGACGUCAAUUUAUAGUGAUCAUGUGGAAAAAGUCAUUCCGGAAGAUUUACUUGACAAACAAGAUCUUCCGAGACUUGUUAUUAUAAGUGUUUCAUGCAUUGGAGUUAUUUUGCUGCUGAUCAAUAUUGUGUUGGUAGCUGGUUGUGUUUUUAGAAAGCGUGCGAAACGUAUUAGAGAUCAAGGCAAUCAAAGCAGCAAGUCGGCGACGAUCGAAAUGUAUGCCCCAAGCAGCUACAACGACACCGUAACCGGCGAAACCUUAUCAUCCGUUAGUGAAAAGAGCGAGACCUAUAGCAACGAGGGCAGCAACAAUGAAUACGUGGACGAAGGUAGAAAACAAGCGGCGAGCACUUAUCUCAUGGACCAACAGGAUUAUCAGUCCUAUCCUGUUUGUCCAGGAUACGAAAUGCAAAUUCAACCGAACAUGGCGCACAAAACUCACACCCUGCCGCAUCCACACCACCACCACCAGCACCAGCAUCACAUAGACCGCAACCGCGCGCGCGAUGAUCAAAUUCUGGGCUAUCAUGGCAGUAUGUCAGCGAAGUCGUCAUACGUGAGUGCACCAUCGCCGGCACCACCGGCAGACGGUUCUUACUUUAACAUGUCCGACCGUUACUUAUCCUAUCCGCCGCCAUUGGAUUUUCAGAAUCCACCGCCGAUUCCUGUGCACCCGCAUCUCAGUCACUUGACGCCGGCAACACCACCCCUUCCAUUAAAUGGAUCACUUUUACGCCAUCAGCAUUCAGCAGUCCCGCCGCCGGAUGUGCUUCAUAAUACGAAUCAGAAUUCGCAGAUUCUGCAAGCGCAGACGCUCAAUCAAAAGCGAGAAAUGAGCAGCUUUGGCAAUGGAUAUAGUGUAAACGAACAAGAAGGACAUCUUGUAUGAGAUAAGGGGGAAGUUUUGUACAUCUUGUAAAAAGCGUGAUUGUGUUCGUUAUUUCGUUUCGCGUGCGUCGUUAAGCUUCAUGAUACUCAAGAGAAGAUUCGUCGAGUGGAUUCAAAGUCUGAUAUUGAUAAAUCGAAUAGACUAGUUAGUUGAACUAGAUAAAUUAGUGUGUGGAUGGACACAUCGUGCUGCAAUGAUUUACAAUCAGGACAAUACAAUCGUGCAAACGAAUUUACUACUUUAUUAGCAACAGACAGUGUAAAUGUUUGGGCAAGUGCUAAACGAAAACCAUGUUACAUUAUGGCGACAUAAUCAAGGCUGAUAAAUAAUAUUAUUGAUUUGCCUUUAAGAUACGAAUAUAAUUGCAAUGAAUAAUCGUUCUAAGUGUCCGUGCUGAUCUUUGAAUUUUGCUCAAUUUGUAAGCCAAAUGAUACGCGUUUCUUAAUUGGUGUUCAAACCACACACCCGACAAAAUAUGUUCAUAUAACGUAUAUAAUACAACGUUAGAUCAUUCCAAUGCAAAUUAUCAAAGAUAUAUUGAUAAGGGGCUAAAGACUCACGUGUACAUUUUCAUUAAUCAAUCGAUACUUAAGAGGACGACAAAGAAUACUAAUUAAUCAUUUGAUAUUUACACAAUGUGAUGAUUGUAUAUAAAUUUUAGGCUAGGUGAUGAUGUCUUACAAUAACGUUGUAACAGAUUAGGUUUCUUAUUUAUGCAUGCAUUUAGUUCGGUUUCAUAUUUUUCGUUUAUUUUAUUUUAAGUUCGUUAGAUUCUCACACAUUUAAUACAAAUUGGUGUUAAUGUAAAAAUUCAUUAUCUACUAGUCCAAACAAUCAACCAAAGUUAAAUUUUCGAAUUGGAUGUUGGAGCCUUUCUAGCGUUGCUUCUGCAAUUUCGUUUUUAGUGAGUAUAAGUUUUCGUUUAUAUUUAGAAUUAUUCUUACGUUUUCAAUAUACGUGUAAUAAUGUCGCAUUAAUUAAUGUCAUUGUAGUUCCGAGGAUAUUUUUACGUUGUUCGUUUUAAUUUACAACUUUAUCUUCGCAACUGUUACGAUUAAAAGCAGUUUUGAGUUUGUUUUUUAUAUAUAUAAAAGUUUCCAUAAUUUGCUUCGCUCGUUUGCGUCGUUAGUAUACUUAUCUUCUAAACCAUAAUACUGCGAAUAGUUUAUUUUGUUUUUUGAAUCUGUUGGCACGUACCCACCAAGUUUUGUUACGGACAAAUAGGGUAUAAUGGGUGUGUCGAUAAGGUUAAUAAAUAAAUUACAAAUUGCUCUAUCUAGUUAAUCCAGUAUUUAAAAGGUAAAACAUAGGUAAUUAUUAACCUCGCUAAACAUUGAAACUCAUUAGAUAACUAUAAAGAAAGCAAAAGUACCCAAAUGAUAUGCAAUUUGAAGGAAGAACUUUGUGAAUUCAAAAUUAACACCGCAAACAUGGUAAUACAAUCAUUCAGCAUAGUCGUAGUUCAAUUGUCAUAAGAAAAGAAAAUUGUAUUUAUUUCACACAAUAUAAAUUUUACAUUUAUACAUAUUAAGAGCUUCACAUUUUAAUUGUAAAUAUUGUACAAGAGUAUUAUUAAUAAUUCUGCAGUAACGAUUGAUUAUUCUUAUUAUCAGAUAUUAUAAUUGAAACUGAUACCUUCCAGUUUUCAUAAAAGAAAUAACAAGUUUUAGAGGUUUGAGAAAGAAGUGCCUUUUUAUGAUAUAAUUCAUACAAUCCGCCAUGUGUAAUAUGUAUUUAAUGCACGGUGCAACAAAUUAGAUCGCUGGUUAGACUUAACAUACCUCGUGUUCUAAUUUUUUGUCUCGGGCAUCUGCAAAACUGGUUCGUUUCGAAUUUCAGUAAUAUGUACUUAUGAAUUUUUGUAAUAAUCAAAAUAAAUCGAAGGUAUUAUGGAAAAUUUUCAUAAAUUGGUACGACAUACUAACAUGACAUUCGAAUAUUUACAAAACCUUGUGUAAUAAGUAUUCUCCAUUGUUAUUGACAACAAAGUAAUAUAAUUAAGAAAAUUUAAUGAGGAGAUGUAUGAAUGCUCACUGUAUUUAAUAAUUAAUAUUGUUAAAUUGUCCAGUCAAUAAGAUAAAAUGGAAGAAUUGAAUGUCUGUUCAUCUCAUACUGUAUAUUGUUAAAAUAAACUAUUAAUCAUAUUAUAAAUCAUAAAUAUAAAUUGUAUAUGUUCUGUAGCAAUAUUAAAGUGGAAAUCGGGAA